GGUGGGAGACCAGUUAUUCAGCGGCUGUGAGAUCGCGUACUUCAAAGUCUACCGUCUGCAAGUGGUAUAGUGGUCGGUGGCUUCUACUCUUCAGAUCUUCUUCAAUCCCUCUGUUCUCGCUGGUGUCGUCGAGGAUUUCCUUGACCCUGAACGCCGGGUCGGCCUUCAACUUCAUUAAUUCCGAGUACAUACGUCGACUUUACCGAUGCAAUAACCCACUCUCUUCCACCAGAUAUUAAACGAAGCAUCAGGUACAGGAACCGAAUAGAAGAGCAAUUCUACCAACAUGUCUAAAAGUGCCAGUGAUCUAGUAUGGGACUAUUUAGUCUUUUUCAUUUUCGUUAUUGCCAGUACGUUUGUGGCAAUUUAUUCAAGAUUCGUAGAAGGAAAACAGAAAACGAAAGCUGAUUUCGUAUUCGCCGCAGGAAGAGUUUCUAUGGGAGCGAUGAUGAUGAGCAUCGCUCGGGGCACAUUAGGAGUACGAUCCGUUUUAGGCUAUCCUUCAGAAUUAUUUUACCGAGGUGCACCAAUGUGGGAGACAUUAUAUGGCAUGAUCCUCGCAUAUCCCAUUGUUUGCUACGUGUUUAUUCCUGUUUAUUAUAGUUUAGGCAUCACGUCAGUUUAUCAAUAUUUGGAUUUACGAUUUAAGUCGCGAUUGGUACGAUGCCUUGCUUGUGCCACCUACGUCUUAAGACAAAUAUUUAAUCAGGGCAUCACCGUUUAUACGCCAUGUGUAGCUUUGUACACCAUCAUUGGGAUUCCAUACUGGGCUUCCAUUCUGGGAAUUACGCUCAUCAGCAUUUUCUUCACAUUACUGGGUGGACUGAAAGCAGCAAUCCUGGCUGACGUUAUGCAAGGCAUUACGAUAAUUGCAAUUAGUGUACUUUUUAUAAUCCAAGGAACCAUAAAUGCUGGCGGAGUAUACAACGUAUUUAAAACAAAUAUUGAAGGAGGUCGAUUGAACUUUUUCAACUGGUCUCUCGAUCCGACGAUUCGAGUGACAACACUUUCUGCUACAAUCGGACAAUUAUUCAUGUCUCUUUCUAUACUCGGCUGUCAACAGAAUUUCGUACAGAGAUACUGCAGUAUGGAAUCCCAGAAAAAAAUAACCAAAACCCUUAUGUUGAAUAUCCCAGUGAUUACGAUCCUCUUCAGCAUCUCUUGGUUAGUUGGAAUGGUUAUUUAUGCUGUAUAUGCCAGUUGCGAUCCUCUAUCGGCGGGAUAUACCGAUAAAUACGACGAAGUCCUUCCCUUUUUCGUAGAGGAUAAAUUCAAUUAUUUCCCCGGAAUAUUGGGGCUUUUUAUAGCUUCAUUGUUCAACAGUUCCUUAACUCUCAACGUUUCGAUUUUGAACUCGUUGGCUACAUGUACGUUUGAGGACUUCAUCAAACCUCUUCCAUGGCUGAAGGGAAUGAGUGAAAAAAAUCAACUGUAUUCCAUCAAAGCCACAGCUGUUGUUAUUGGCUUCCUAAUCAUGGGAAUAAGCUUUGGAGUCGGUCUUUUUUCGGGCGUCAUUGAAUCAUCAAUGUUGGUAACGUCAGCAACGUCGGGACCCCUACUAGGUGUCUUUAUCCUGGCAAUGUUAGUUCCUUGUUGCAACUGGAAGGGAGCCGCCUCUGGAGUGAUAAUGGGUCAUAUGAUAACAUUAUGGAUUUUAAUUGGAGGAUUGACAAUCGAAAAACCACCCACGAAACUUCUCCCCGUCAGUACAGAUGGUUGUACGAAUGAAACGUUUAGUCAAGCUAUUUCAAAGAUCCACAUAGAGCCCAUGACUACAAUCUUACCUGUUACUGAAUCAAUCAUUGUCAAUAAUACUGCUGAUCUAUUUGAAACGUUCACUACCAGAGCUGAAUCAAUUGAUCCUUUGACGUAUUUGUAUUCGACAACCUACAUGUAUUAUUCCGCUAUCGGAUGCUUUGUUACGUUAUUCGUGGGAAUAACAGUUUCCUGCGUCACAGGAUUAAGCAAGGACGAAAUCUAUGACGACAACCUUAUCCAUCCCAUAGCGCGAAAGAUAGCGAGCUGGUUCCCAGGACAAAAGCGACUCUACUCGGAAAAAUACAAGAACGUGGACGACAAUCGAUCUCUAGGAAACGGUUUUACCCUGACUCUGCAGGACGAAAUAAAGAAAAACGGCAAGCUCAAUCCUACUUUCACCGAUUGUCGUAAGAGGGACUCAAUAGAAUCUUUGCCGAGCCCCGGGAAGAGCGACAAGGAUAACAGCAAGGAUUCCGAGCACACACCGAGCCCGGGAUCAGCCGGAAGCUCGAACUUAGCAUUCGAAGCUGACAACGAAGUGACGAAAACGAGAUUGUGAUGUGGGAUUUUCAGAACACACCUGAUGUUUCAAGUAACUUCUGUGAUUUUUAGGUGUAGGACCGCGAAAGACUUCCAAUAUAAACUUUUAUGCCGAUUUAGCGCAGUGAAUUUUUGUAGGUAGUGGUUUGCGCAUUGUUAUUUUGAACAUUUUUUUAUGCAAUGAUUAGUUUAUAAUUGCGAUUAUAAUACUUAUUAUUGUUUGUAUACGUAAAAUUAAGGUGCUUAUAUUAUACAUAUUUACAUUGUCGGGCAGCUGAACGAAUGCUGUUUAACGAAAUGUAUUUAAUUAAUUUAUCCUUUUAAUUAAUGACAUACUUGCCUCAACUUAAUUUUUUGAUAAAAAAUAUACUUAUUAUUUAUUUUAGAAUAAACUUCAACUUCAGAAAUUGAUAUAAUCAUUGGUUUGAAAAGAAUUAGUCGACGAUCUGUUUGAACCUGAGAGGUGUCCACUUUUUCUUUUUCUUAUAAUACUUACACGAACUUUAGUCUUAUUUUGUGUGCGUCUUUUUCGUUUUUAGUUAAAAAUUAUACAAUAUUUCUUACGAGUUUUCAUGUUACAUAGGUAAUUGUUUUUGCCCUAUUUGUUAUUGUAAUGAUAAUGAUGUAUGUUUAUACAUACAGCGAGCGUGUACUUAAAGUAAUUAUAAUUUACAGGCUCCAUUUACAUUAAAUGUUUCUAUCGAGUCACAAUGGCUUCGAAUAAACGUAGGAAAUUGCAGUUUUA